AUGAAGCAUAUAAGUCGGCGAGUAUGGUAUUUGCCGCUCAACGUAGUGCUACAUCCGAGGAAACCGGGAAAGAAGCGACUUGUUUGGGACGCAGCGGCACAGGUCGACGGAAUAUCACUCAAUUCUCAGCUGUUGAAAGGCCUUGAUCAACUCGUAUCACUUCCCUCGGUAAUCUGCAAAUUUAGAGAACGGCAAAUCGGGUUCGGAGGCGACAUAAAGGAAAUGUUCCACCAAAUCCUAAUCAGAUCGGUGGACAAACAUUCCCAACGAUUCCUAUUCCGAUUCGAUACAACCACACCACCCGACGUAUAUAUAAUGGAUGUGGCGACCUUCGGUGCAACGUGCUCUCCUUGCUCGGCGCAGUACGUUCUACGAAAGAAUGCUGAUCGGUUUGCAGAGAAAUAUCCUGACGCGGUCGCAGCAGUUAAGUCCAAAAUGUAUAUGGACGAUUACUACGACACCCCGGAAGAAGCAGGUGAGCGUGCUCUACAAGUUAAAAAUAUCCAUUCAAGUGCGGGCUUCGACAUGUGCAAUUGGGUGAGUAAUUCAUCUGAAGUGUUGCUGAGACUUGGUGAGCCUGUGGUCCAAAGUCCUCGAGAGUUUGUCUGCGAAGAUGAAACAAAGUGGGAACAAGUACUGGGAAUAACGUGGGAUCCUAUCCGCGAUGUACUCUCGUUUUCCACCAAUCUUCGAGCGGAACUGAUACCAUAUGUUGUAGGAAAGCAGCGUCCAACAAAGCGGAUAGCCCUCCGCAUAAUCAUGAGUUUGUUUGAUCCAUUGGGGUUGCUCGCGCCUUUCACUAUUCACGGUAGGAUGCUAGUGCAAGAUCUCUGGCGGAGUGGGCUGCAGUGGGACGAAGAGAUGCAAAACGAGGGCUUUGAUAAAUGGGUGCGCUGGACAAAUUUGUUUCCCAAAAUCAGUGAGUUGCAGAUUCCUCGAUGUUAUUUUAAUGGCGCUCGACCCACCACUUACAAGAAGGUGCAAGUGCACGUGUUCACCGAUGCGAGUGACAAAGGCUACGGUUGUGCUGCAUAUUUUCGCUCCGGAGAUGGAGAGGAGAUCCGAUGUGCUCUGGCGAUAUCGAAGGCCAAGGUGGCUUCACUCAAGCAUCUAUCAAUUCCACGAAUGGAGUUGGAGGGGGCAGUUUUGGGUGCACGGCUUCUUCAAAAUGUUCGAGUCAGCCAUUCGUACGAGAUUGGAGAAUGCUUCCUAUGGACAGAUUCUACCACUGAGGUUGCCUGGAUACGUUCGGACCACAGGAAGUACAAACAGUUCGUGGCUCAUCGUAUCGGUGAAAUUUUGUCACUCACGCAGCCUGAAUCGUGGCGCUGGGUUCCGUCGAAAGCGAAUAUAGCCGAUAGUCUCACCAAAUGGGGCAGGAACACUGAACCGGAGUCUAAUAAUGAAUGGUUUGCGGGACCUUCCUUCCUGUAUCUCCCACAGAACCAAUGGCCCCUUCAGCGAGCAGUUGUUGAAAACGUUCAAGAAGAGCUUCGUUCCUGUUAUCAGUUACAUCAUAUUUCGCUACCGAUAGGAAUAGUCGACGUUGAAAGAAUUUCGAGAUGGAACAUUCUGCUACGAACGAUGGCCUGCGUGUACAGAUUUAUGAACAACUGUCGGCGACGAAUCAAAGGUCUGCCGAUAGAAGCACUAGAGGCAACAGAACUGCAGAAACGAUGUCUAAAACGUGUUGUUCCUAUGAUAAAAAUUCCCUUCAAACAAGAAGAGUUUCAACGUGCUGAACAGUGGCUCUGGCAGAUCGCGCAAGGCGAUUGUUAUCCAGACGAAGUGAAAACACUCCUGCAAAACCGAGAUGUACCGAUAGAGAUGAGAUGCUGCGUCGAAAAGAGCAGUCCGUUAUACAAGAUGUCCGCAUUCGCAGAUGAGUUUGGAGUCCUGCGAGUGGAAGGGAGAACCGAAGCUGCUACGUUUGCGCCGUUUGAUGCACGUUUUCCAAUAAUAUUGCCCAGGAAUCAUCCGAUCACGUUUAAACUCCUUGACCACUAUCAUUGUCGUUUUGGGCAUGCGAGUAGGGAGACGGUUGUCAACGAGAUCCGUCAACGAUACGAUGUCCCUCAAUUGCGUUCCGUGGUGGGUAAGGUGAUGAAAGACUGCGAUGUAAGGUGA